AUGAGGCUGAAGAGAAGGCAGCGGAGACCGCACGUUUGGUGGCAGAGGCUGCAGCUCGAGCCAAGAUGGAAGACUCUUUUGCAGCUGCACCGAGCACACCUUCUGUGCCUGUUGCAGGAGCUACCUCGUCUUCGAGUUCUGGUGCAGAAUAGAGCAGAGAAGUACCUUCCAUUUCUGCCGAUGCGAGAGCACCAAGGCAUGAAUAAGGGCAGGAUGAGAGAAGUCGAGACAUGGCAUGCCUACUUGAGACAUUGUCAUCGUGGCUUGCUCUUCAAGAUGAGUCUUUCGUUCGAGAGUUGCAACUCUGCGUCAAGCAAAAGAACGAGAUCCUUCAAGAAGGAUUUGGCGGAUGAUGUUGCUGCUCGAAGCGCGAAGCUUUACCACUAUCUCACCCAAUCUCUCUCACGUUGGGAAAGAGGUCAGGAGUUGCUACGCUCGUGCUCGAAAAGGCAGUCUCUCAGUGCCUGCGGAUACGAGGCGGUUAGGACCAUCACACAGCAAUACAGCAUCGUGUCUCGCAUGGAAGCUGUAUAUGUGCGCGAGCAGUGCCUCAAGUUGGCGACUACGUGCCAGCAUCACCGACGGCCGACGGACCUCAUCCGUCACUUGGAGGACGAGUUUUCUCGUGCUGAGUCCAAGCUUGGGAACUUUCCAGAGUUGCGCCUCACGGAGGCUGACCGCUGCAGUGUUUUGCUGCAAGCUCUGAGCCAGGAGCUCAGACAGUAUGUGGUUCUUCAUGGAAAGAGCAACGACUGGACAUCGCUGAGCGAAAGCUUCGGUACUAUGAGGAGCAGCUUCGUCUGUGUGAGGGUCCCUUUUCCUCAAAUCGGCAGAUGUCAGGAAAAGGUGACAAGCUUUGUGACCACUGCGGACGAAAGGGACACCUGGCUAAGGACUGUUGGAGCCGUCAGCGUGAAGCUGGUGAAAAGGGCAAGAAGGGCGACAAGGGCAAGAAGGGCGAUGGCAAGGGAGCGCAGAAUCCCAAGGGAAAGCCACGCUCUCCAACGCCGAAAGGCGGAAAAGGCGGCAAAGACAAGGAGCAGAAGCCCGACAAGCCUGAUAAAGGCAAAGGAAAAGGCAAGAAGAAGAAGAAGGCUAGAGCCCGGGCUAUGGGAGAACCAGAGUCCGAGGCAGAGUCCGAGUCUUCGAGGACCUCCACCGUGA